ACCCGUGCUCUCAUUAAAAUGAUAGUUUAGCAGAUAUUCGAGCAGUGAUGUUCCUAAGCUUGCUGGGCAUAGGCGGUUUUAAACGGGGGCCGGGGGGGCCAGUGCCCCUGUAAAAUUGCUCCUGGCCCCUGUUGUGGCCCCUGUGCUGAACAGAUAAUAAGCUUUAUUAAUUUCGACGUGCGCUGGCUCGAAGAUCGGAACUGACAUGACGGAGUGUUCUACACGGACUCCUUAAAGCGCUACACGCACACUGUUACCUGCAGCAGAAAGACCAGCAGCAGUGCGAAUUGUAAACUUCGGACGCGAGAGAUAACAGCAGCUGCAGCCCUGCAAGAACUAGGCUAUUGCAAAGAGGCGAAGCAAAAAGCAACAUAGAGAGAGUAAGAAAGAGGAGAGAGAGCCAGAGGUGGUGGUUGGAGAGAUGGAAAGUGAGGCAUCUGAAAGGCAAUCUGAGAGUGAGGAUGAAGACAUUCAGGAUCAGAUUGAGGGACAGAAUGAGGGACAACCCAACGAGUCAUUGGGACAACCAGAUUCACCAUGCAUAUCAAGUACAGCACCAUCAGAUAUCAGCAAGUGCUUGGAUGACACUCCAGUGCAGCCACAUCUGAAGAAAAGAUGGACAUCAGGAAAUUCUUCAUCCAAAACAGAGGCAGGGAGAGAAACAGUAAGGAGAGAUGUGGAUAAGGUGGAGGGAGACAGGGCGGACGGACCAGGGCAUUCGCCCGCCUGGCCGUGCCCGACGAGGAGCGCUCUCGGCCGGCUUGGGAGGCAGACGGCAGCCCCUCCUGGAAGUGUGGUUUUACCAUGGGCCUCAUGCGGAAAAAUGCCGAGGUGCAUUCGCUAAGCGACUGAAAGCCGAGCUGUGUGAAGACAUGAACACACAGACAUCCAAAGAUGGAGGGACGUCAGAAGUCCGUGUGAAGAAAGAGGAGACGCUGGAGCUGAAUAUCUCCAACCAUGGAGACGACCUCAACAACCCACCUGAAUGUCUUUCCAUUAACAUGGAAGAUCAUGACAAUAAAGACCACCUCUACUGUGAAGUUUGCAAAUCCUUCUUCUUCAACAAAUGUGAGGUUCAUGGACUGCCCCUCUUCAUCUCAGAUACUCCUGUUCCCAUGGGAGUCUCUGACCGAGCCAGACAAACUCUUCCUCCUGGACUAGAAAUCAAGAAGUCCAGUAUUCCUGACGCAGGCCCGGGAGUGUUUAAUAAGGGGGAGACGAUUCCAGUAGGUGCACACUUUGGACCCUACCAGGGAGAGCUGGUAAGCCGAGAGGAAGCCAGGAAAAGUGGAGACUCCUGGGUUAUAUACAGGAGUAUGCAGUGUGAAAAAUACAUUGACACCAAAAGAGAGAUGCAUGUGAAUUGGAUGAGGUAUGUGAAUUGUGCCCAUAAUAAUAAAGAACAGAAUCUUGUGGCAUUUCAGUAUCGAGGGGGAAUUCUGUAUCGUUGCUGUCGACCCAUUAACCCAGGACAGGAGCUCUUGGUGUGGUAUGAAGAGGAGGGCACCAAAGAACUCAGUCCUGCACCUUCAGGAACAACCAGACAGAAAGAAGUAAAGAACACUUUGCUGCAAGUCUUUUCCUGCACCACAUGUCCUCGUUCCUGUGCAUCUCAAAUUUACCUUGACCAGUGCAUCCAGAGAUGCCACGAUGAAGAGUCUGUGAGACUUCAGGAAUCAAGAGAGAUUAAAUAUGAACUUCAAAUCCCCUCCAAAUACUCCAGUAGUCAGCCAACAUCAACUGAUACUUUCAGUUCUGACACUUCUCAUAAUGAUGUGGAGAAGGAAAUUCACCACAGCUCAGACUGUGGAAAAAGUUUUGGUCAUCAGAAUGCACUCAAAUGGAACCAGUGCAGUCACAAAGGAGUAAAGCCACAUGACUGCUCACAGUGUGGGAAGAGUUUUACUGAACAGAGUGCUCUCCAAACACACCAGCGCAUUCACACAGGAGAGAAGCCUUAUCACUGCUCACAGUGUGGGAAGAGUUUUACUCAUCAGAGUCAUCUCCAUCAACACCAGCGCAUUCACACAGGAGAGAAGCCGUAUCACUGCUCGCAGUGUGGAAAGAGUUUUACUUGUCAGAGUGAUCUCCAAAAACACCAGCGCAUUCACACAGGAGAGAAGCCGUAUCACUGCUCACAGUGUGGAAAGAGUUUUACUCAGCAGAGUAAUCUCCAACGACACCAGCACAUUCACACAGGAGAGAAGCCAUAUCACUGCUCACAGUGUGGAAAGAGUUUUAUUUGUCAGAGUGAUCUCCAAAAACACCAGCGCAUUCACACAGGAGAGAAGCCGUAUCACUGCUCACAGUGUGGGAAGAGUUUUACUGAACAGGGUGCUCUCCAAACACACCAGCGCAUUCACACAGGAGAGAAGCCGUAUCACUGCUCACAGUGUGGGAAGAGUUUUACUCGUCAGAGUGCUCUCCAAAAACACCAGCGCAUUCACACAGGAGAGAAGCCGUAUCACUGCUCACAGUGUGGGAAGAGUUUUACUGAACAGGGUGCUCUCCAAACACACCAGCGCAUUCACACAGGAGAGAAGCCGUAUCACUGCUCACAGUGUGGGAAGAGUUUUACUCAGCAGAGUAAUCUCCAACGACACCAGCACAUUCACACAGGAGAGAAGCCGUUUCACUGCUCACAGUGUGGGAAGAGUUUUACUCAGCAGAGUGAUCUCCAACAACACCAGCGCAUUCACACAGGAGAGAAACCGUAUCACUGCUCACAGUGUGGGAAGAGAUUUACUCAUCAGAGUGCUCUCCGACUACACCAGCGCAUUCACACAGGAGAGAAGCCGUUUCACUGCUCACAGUGUGGGAAGAGUUUUACUCGUCAGAGUGAUCUCCGAAAACACCAGCGCAUUCACACAGGAGAGAAGCCGUAUCACUGCACACAGUGUGGGAAGAGUUUUACUCGUCAGAGUGAUCUCCGAAAACACCAGCGCAUUCACACAGGAGAGAAGCCGUAUCACUGCUCACAGUGUGGGAAGAGUUUUACUGAACAGGGUGCUCUCCAAACACACCAGCGCGUUCACACAGGAGAGAAGCCGUAUCACUGCUCACAGUGUGGGAAGAGUUUUACUCAGCAGAGUAAUCUCCAACGACACCAGCACAUUCACACAGGAGAGAAGCCGUUUCACUGCUCACAGUGUGGGAAGAGUUUUACUCAGCAGAGUGAUCUCCAACAACACCAGCGCAUUCACACAGGAGAGAAACCAUAUCACUGCUCACAGUGUGGGAAGAGUUUUACUCAUCAGAGUGCUCUCCAAACACACCAGCGCAUUCACACAGGAGAGAAGCCGUAUCACUGCUCACAGUGUGGGAAGAGUUUUACUCAUCAGAGUGCUCUCCAAACACACCAGCGCAUUCACACAGGAGAGAAGCCGUAUUACUGCUUACAGUGUGGGAAGAGUUUUACUCAUCAGAGUGCUCUCCAAAUACACCAGCGCAUUCACACAGGAGAGAAGCCGUAUCACUGCUCACAGUGUGGGAAGAGUUUUACUUAUUCAGUUACAUUUAAAACCCACAAGUGCAAUAAUUCCGAGACAUUGCAUGAUUUAAAGUUGUCAAAUUAAAUUUUUUUAUUCAUGCUUUUGCUGAAAAUGUCCUGUACUUUGAUCCUAAUUGUUCAUAUUAAAGGACUACAUAUUUUAAAACAA